AUGCAUCUAUCGCAGACGGCUCUCCUUCUCGCUGCUACCGCCGCGCAGACGGCUCUCUGCGCCUCUACUACGAAGAAGCGCGGUCUCGUUUACACCCCUUCGGAGAAGCAUCCCCAAGAUGACCAGAUUUGGGAUACGUCCUCUUCCGACUUGACCUGGUAUUACAACUAUGGCGACACGCCGUCGCCGGCGUAUGCCAAGGCCUCCAAACUGCAGUUUGUGCCUAUGCUCUGGGGCGCACCCACAGAUACCAGCGACAUGACCUUUCACGACAGUAUCGUCUCCCAGAUCAAUAGCGGUGCCAAGUUUCCUUAUGUCUUGUCAUAUAACGAGCCCGACGGACAGGGCAAUGGCGGCAGCAACGUGCCAGCGGAUCUAGCCGCCGAGACUUGGAUUCGUGAGCUUGAACCGCUGCGCAAGUACAAUGUCUCUCUCGGAGCGCCCGCCGUCACCGGCGCGCCGAGUGGCUUCACGUGGCUGCAAAACUUUUUUACCGCAUGCAAUGGCAACUGCCAUGCUGACUUCAUCCCCGUGCACUGGUACGGCGAUUACAUUGGGCUUGCCUCGCACAUUGGACAAGUCCAGGGUACCUAUCACAACAUGACCAUUUGGGUGACUGAGUUUGCCGACCCGGACCAAAAUCUUAACGACAGCCAGAGCUUCUUUAAUCAGUCCACAAAGUACUUUGACAGCAUCGACUACAUUACGCACUAUUCUUACUUUGGCGCGUUCCGAAGUGAUGCGUCCAAUGUUGGCCCCUACUCGGCCAUGCUGACCCAGAACGGUCAGCUCACGGACAUUGGCUCGUGGUACCUCGGUCAUGGUUCCACUGGCCACCGGCCCAAGGGCGCCGCCGCGUCGCUUUCCGUCUCGGCUCGUUGGGUCUUUGUCAUUCUGGCCGCCAUCACAUGGGGCCUGGCAUAA